GUUCUUUCGCAGUACAAAACAGGUGAGAGAGAGAAUAAAAUAAAAAGGAAAAAGGAAUCGACGGUAAAGCGGAGGCAAAAAAAAUCCCACUUCAUUCGACGACCGGAAAUUCAUUGAGUUUCUUCUCGGUAAAGUACACCGGAAGGCCGAGGGCUGCCGGAGUUCGCUGCUGGCGGUGGCAGAAUGAGGGUUCACCGGCGGAGCGUUAGCUGUGGCCGUCCCCAACAGGUUUUGCCCUGAGGAAAUGAAAUUGCACACGAAGAAAUUUGAGGUUUGGAGGAGGGAAGGACACGACUUUUCCGCCAUAUGGAGGGAGGGAUAAACUCAUGGAUUAUGAUGACAAUCAACAUGCACCCUGUAACACUCAGUUAGGCAGUGAAGAUAAUAAUAAAUUUCCUCCAGGGUUGCGUUCUUAUUCACUCCCUAAAUUUGACUUAGAUGAACACUUCCAAGACCCUGUAGCAUUUGAUAGUCUAGGAGAAAGAGGAAUAUUACUUGACCUUCCAAGUCAGACAGGAGACCACUGGAUUGAUGACUAUUCAAGGGAGGAUAGCAGCAUUCUGAUACUUGAUCCAGUUUCGCAAAGCAUAGAAUUUGGGAGUGCUGAAGAAUCUUGCACCAUUCCAAGAAAGUGCAAUGUUUGGUCUGAGGCUGCUUCAUCUGAAUCCGUUGAAAUGCUAUUGAAUUCUGUUGGACAGGAUGAGAUGGACACCAAAAAAGGUGAUGCUGCGAAAUCAGAUGUCUGUGAGACACGCAUUGUGUUAACUAAACAAAUGGACACAGGAUCCUGUGAAGAUGAUUCUGCUUUUAAAACAAGUAAUGUUUCAUGUGCUGAUCCCAGAGUGUCGCCUGAUAAUUUUCUAAUAAAUUCAUCUUCAUUAGAAAAACAUGAUUGGAAGGAUGUAUGUAGUGUUGAAGGUGUGUCUGUAAAUGUUAUUGGUGACCACCAUGAACAUCAAGGGCAUGAAAAUUUGACAAUGAAUGAAUUGCAUGAGAAGGAAGGAAGUAGUCCUAACAGUUCAUUAAAGCAGUGCUCUUCCUUUGUUGAAUCAUUUCAGCAUUCCACUACUGACUUUCUGUUGGAUAGUAAAAGGUGCUGUGAUGAUGAUGUGCAUAUGAAAUGUGUAGGUUCUCAACAAGUAGAAGGCAGUUUGCUUGGAGAAUGUCCCUUACAUGUUGAAUGUGUGAAGAAAGAUGCAGUAUGUUGUACGCCUGCAAUUUCAAAUAAGGAGGCCUCUGAAAGGCUUGUCAGUAUGCCGACAGUUUCUCCAUCCAUGCAAGCUGAUGGAAGUGAGAAGCUACAGGAUACUGAAAAGGCAACAUAUCAUAUUAGAGAAGUAAGUGAGGAUGCUUUGUGUCAGAGGCCACAAGACACUGUGAUAGCUGAUGAUGGUAAUGAUAAUACUAAGCAAUUUCCUAGCAUACAAGCGGAAAUCGUUAACCAUCCUAUGGAGGAUGAAUUUGUGGAUAGGAAAAGUGAUCAGGUUGCUGAGACAGAUUAUGUUGAACAGAGUAAUAUAAUUGCAGGAAGCCUUAGUUUGGUGCAAAAGGUAUCUGCUUCUCCAAAUGCAACUGAAAGCAAACACGAAUUAGUGUCCAUAGACCUCAGUUGCAGGAAGGUCCACACAGCAAAUGCAGAAGAAGUUAUUUUGGAUCUGGAUUCUAAAUUGCCAAAGGAAGUUGCUGAUGCACGGGCAGGCAAUAAGGUGGCUCCUGCUAUAGUUAAUGAUUUCUCCGAACUUCUAACUGGGCAAAGUCCAGGAUUAUCUAAGCCUAUGGCGCAUAGGAGUAUAGGCUUGCAUUCCUUAAUAUCUUUGUCUGAAAAUGCUUCUCAACAACCAUCUGGUACAAAACCACGUGAGAAUGACUCUGGUUCUUCAGGUAUAGACAUGCCCAAAGCUGAUUUUGCUUCUGAUCUUGGAUUGAAGGUUGCAAGUUCUCGUCAUGGUCUUGCUAUGAAGAAUACUGGGCAGUCCCCGAGCAGGAUUGCAGCGGAGGAUACUGGGAAACUUGAGAUGGUUGUGGGGGACAUUUGUACUUCAGAAAGUCUGCUCUCUGAAGCUAAAUGCUUGUCGACUGCAUGCAUAAAUCAAGAUGUGAGUCAAAUUAGAUCUAAAGAAGGCGUUAUUUCCAUGUGUGCUUCUAGCUGCUCAGAGGGGACUCUUCAUCAGGCCACUGAGAGGAACGUUGCAUCUAAUAAAGCACACGUUCAGCAAAAAGAAAAGAAAUCAGAUUUGCCUGGGUCAGGAGAAACAGGAAACCAGGGAAGGGUGUCAUCAAACUCUUUAGACAUGCCAGUCGAUGGGGAAUGUCAGUUGGCAAGCAAAGAUGAUCCUGCUUCAGUUUCUGGGAAACAUGCCUCCCUUAGUGUUGGAGCAGUAACUGAUUUGGUAAUCCAUUCUCCAGCUCCUUCACAAUAUUCCACCGAUAAUGCACAACACUCCAAACUUGGGACAUCUGAAGCGGAGAAGGCUACUCAUCAAAACUCUCCGGAAAAGGAUUCUUCUGAUUCCUUUCCUUCACUAGUUGAACAAACUGGUUCAUCUGCAGUGUUUGAAGUUUCUUUAAAAAAUUCUCAGUUUUCAGAAGUAUCUGUUGCAGUUAAACAAAGUGGAGAGGACGAGCAGCUUAAGCAUCCUAUGGUUUCUUCUGCAACAUCCAUAUCUAACGCGUGCGGUAUCAAAGGUCUGACAUCUGAAGCGAGCAUUCCAUUUUCAGAAGAAAAUCGCUGUCAAAAUUGUUCUCCUAGCAUAGACACUCAAUCAUGUUCAACUGCUCAAGCAGAUGCUGUUACAUUGUUAAACUCUUCAGAAUCAGGAUUGAAAGAAGCUUGUUUGGAUGGUAGGGAAUCCAAUCCAGCCCCAAAUUCAGUUGGUGCAUUAAAUUCUGUUAAUGGUAGCUCUUGCAAGCCUGAGAUCUUGAAGUCUGAUACUGACGCAUCCAAAGUUGACAAUGACGGAAAUGUUGCAGCUGACUGUGGUUCACCGACCAUCAUUAGUUGUAAAGAAUCUCUUCAAGAUGAAGCUCAUCACCAUGAAACUGAGAAUCAGUCCUUACUGCAGAGUCCUGCUUCUGGAAAUGCACCUGGUGCUACUUCCAGUACAACUGGUCAGUCUGAUGGAAUGAAAGCAUCUGACCAAAUUCCUGAUAUGUGUGACACACCAGAAAGUGAUAAAAGUUUCACAUUCAAGAUAGGAAAUCUAUCAGGUUCAUCUGUGAAUGAGAAAAGUGGUAAAGACUGGAAGCAAUUUCCGUCAACUGGGCCUGCUGAAUUAUUCCAGACCACGGGAUCAGCAGAGAGGACAUCUGAUGGGAAUCCUCAAAUAAGUGAAGAGAAAAAGAUGAUUGAAGCUAGCAAGAGUCGUGGUAAGAGUAAAAGUAGGUCAAGGUCUGGUAAUGGAACUGAAAGAGCAACAACCAGUAAGGGGAAGCCUAAAAAGGAGGCAUCAUCUAGAAAGCUCACAUCCUUGACUGCAGGGAACGAUAAACAUGAGGGUAAUGCUUCAGCUGGUCCCAGCAAAAAUGUACUGGGCAGUCCCACCCAAUUGGAAGAGAGUAAAAAAUUGGCACAUGUAGAAGGUAGCACUACAAAACCAUACUCUAUCACCAGCAUCCAGGCAUCUACUCCUGUUUUGAAUGCUUUAGCUUCUUCCGCAUUGGCAUUGUUUCAGCAGCCUUUUACAGAUAUGCAGCAACUACAAUUACGUGCACAGAUUUUUGUUUAUGGUUAUUUAAUUCGAGGUGCAGCACCAGACGAGGCUUGUAUGGUUUCAGCAUUUGGUGAAGCUGGGAGAGAUGGCGGAAGGAACAUGUGGGAAAAUGUGUGGCGCGUGGCUGUGGAACGUGCUCAUAGUCAGAAAUCUUUGCCUGCAAGUCCUGAGAUCUCACCAAUUAUCCAUUCAGGGAUGAGAGUUACAGAGCAAGGCUCAAAGGGAAAUUCUGGUUCCAGUAAAUCUUCUGUUGUUUCUGCUAGUCGGAACACUAACAAGAGUUCCCCUCUUGCACUCCUAAAUCCUGCAGUAUCUCUGCCCUCUCCAAUGUGGAAUGCAACGUGGAAUGCAACACCAUCAUCCCGUGACAUGGUGCAGAGCAGCAGUAUAGCUAGGGCUUCACUUAUUGAUCCUCAUCCAACUUUUUCACCUUAUCUGUACUCAUCUCCUCAAAUAAGACCUUUUACAGGACAUUUCAGCUCCUGGCCUUCUCAGGUCUCCAGUCCUGUUCCCUGGAUUUUGUCUCAUACAUCUACCCUGGAUGCUGGUUCGCAGUAUGCUGCUUUUUCGAUGCCAGAUACUGUUCAAGUGGCUCCUGUUAGAGACCAUGCAGCUGUUUCUCUUGUUAAUGUUACCCCAAGUACUCAAGUGGUUACAUCUACACCUUUGCCUUCUCUUGUGAGUUCCACGGUGGCUGCUGCUAAUGUUUCAGUAGAUGUAAAGAAGACUACUUCGGCUUCUCUUAAGCAACCUUCUGCUGAUCAGAAACCAAGGAAGAGGAGGAAAAGUGUGCCAACAGAGGACAAUCAGCUUCUGAAUGUUCAGCAACCCCAGACAGGAUCAGUUUCCUCAGAAAUGGUCACUACACAUGUCUCUGCUCCAUUAUCCCUUACUGCAGCUACCACUCUAUCUGUGUCUGCUGGCUCUAUGUGUAAAGCUUCUUCUGGUGCUCCUGUUUCACUUAGUCCUCCUACAGCACUGCCCACCUCAAAUUAUCACAUAUCUGAUCAUAAUACUGAACAGAGGGCUGCUUUUUCAGAAGAGGCCUCCAUUCAAGUUGAACAAGCUAAGCUACGGGCAGAAGAUGCUGCAGCACACGCAGCUUCUGCUGCGAGGCAUAGCCAGGAAUUAUGGAAUCAGUUGACCAUGCAGAAGAACUCCAAACGUGCUAUUGAUGUUGAAGGCAGGCUGGCCUCUGCCUUGGCUGCUGCUGCUGCUGCUGCUUCAGUUGCUAAGGCAGCUGCUGCAGCUGCUAAGGUUGCAUCUGAUGCUGCAUUGCAAGCAAAAUUGGUGGCUGAUGAGGCAUUGACCAAGAAAAGGAUGGUUACUGGUGGUGGCAUUUCUGAAGUUGGGAAAAAUUCUGCAAAUGUUACCCCUGUUUCACUUUCUAAAGGUAAGGUUAAGCAAGGUGGCACCAGUUCUGUUGUUGAAUUUGCAAAAGAGGCAGCAAGAAAAGGAGUUGAAGCUGCUUCUGCUGCCACAAAACGAGCACAGAACUUGGAUGCUGUUGUAAAGGCUGCAGGCCUGGCUGCAGAGGCCAUAUCUCAAGCAACUGCAAUUGUUGCAAUGGGUGAUCCUCUGCCGCUGACAUUGAAUCAAUUACUAGAAGCUGGCCCCGAGGGCUACUGGAAACAUCAAGAUGUGGAAGGCAGAUUUGCAUUAGAACCAACGGUGAAGGAAGUUAAGAAUUCUGGAGAGGCCAAUAGCUUGAAUGUGAAAGUUUCAUCUAAAAAUGAUGCCGUGCGAGGUGUGAAGGAGACAAACACAAAUAUUUCUGAAGAAUUGCCUGGUGGCCCAACUGAAGGCGGUCGAAGGCUACUGAGUUCAAUACGCCAGGAAGUUGCCCCUGUUGAAAUUGCAUCUAAGCGACGGCAAAGGGCACGUAAAGCUGCUGGUUCUGCCAAUGCUCAGCAGACGAUCCCUUCCUCAGAGUUUGAAUCGCAUAAUGAUUCCUCAAAAGGGAAUUGUAUUCAGCAGGGAUCACUCGUUGAGGUAAUUUCUGACGAAGAUGGUCUCAGAGCAGUAUGGUUCUCAGCCAAAGUGUUGGAGGUAAAGGAAGGGAAGGCUUAUGUAUGCUACAAUGAUCUUUUGUCUGAUGAAGCAGGCACAGGACAGCUACAAGAAUGGAUUCCACUUGAAGCUGCUCAUGGGAAGCCUCCCAGAAUACGUACAGCUCAUCCCACGACUGCCAUGCAAUUUGAAGGUACAAGAAAGCGUCGUAGAGCAGCUAUGGGGAACCAUAACUGGUCCGUUGGUGAUCAUGUUGAUGCCUGGAUGCGUGAUGGAUGGUGGGAAGGAGUUAUCAUGGAGAAAAACAAGGAAGACCAGACUAAACUGACUGUUCAUUUUCCAGAUGAAGGAGACAUAUCAACUGUAAGAACCUGGAAUAUUCGACCAUCUUUGGUUUGGAAGGAUGGCCAGUGGGUUGAGUGGUCAAGGGAAACUGCUUGUUGGCCUAAUGAGGAUGAUGCUCCACUCGAUAAACGACGGAAGUUGGACAAGGAACCUGAAAAUGAUGGACAAAAUGAAAGGAAUGAGGACCAUCUGUCAAAAAUUACAAAAUGUGAUGAUACUAUCAAACAUCAAGACUCCACGUCAUUUGCUUUAUCAUCCAGUGUAUUUUCUGUUGGGAAGAGUACCACAGAAGAUCGUGACCUGAUUGCUGGAAGAGUAAAGCGAACUGGACUACAGAAAGGGGGAUCGAGGGUGGUGUUUGGGGUACCGAAGCCGAAAAGGAAGUUCAUGGAUGUUAGCAAGCACUACAUUACAGAACAAGUUGGCAAGGUUGGUGAAACAAACAAUCCAGUCAAGGUUGCCAAUUAUUUGAUGCCUCGAGGAUCCUCUAGGUUGAGGAAUGUAUCCAAAGAUGUUCCUAGGACUGGUCGAGUGACUAACACAAAGUCUAAGGAUAUUAAAUCAGGAAAGUUACAGGGAAUUCAAAGGAAAAAUAGAUCAAAGGAUGACUCAUCCAUUUCUGCGUUGCCUCAAUCAGUUGGGGCUACUGACGAUCAACCAAAUGUGCAACCUUCUGCAAGCAAUGAAAACAAUUCAGAGAGACAGAACAGGAGGGAAAUUGGUUUUUCUGAUGCUGCAGGAGGGCAAGAGUCGGACGAAAUUUCCUCUAGAAGCAAGCCCUCUUCAGUUGGUCUGAGACAGGCACCUAAAAGGAAACUUGCCUCUGCUGGUCAAGGGCUCUCUGAUGAAGCCUUGGCUGCCACUGGUAGUCAAGGGAAGGCAGCUUUGGAGCCACGGAGGUCUAACCGUAGAAUUCAGCCAACAUCAAGGCUACUGGAAGGAUUGCAAAGCUCCUUAAUUACAACUAAGGUCGCUUCUGUUGGCUUGCAUGAUAAGGGCGGCAAAUCUUCAAAAAGGAGCGCCAGUUCUGCAAAAGGAAACAGCCAUGGCGUUGAGAGAUAGAACCAUCGAAGAAGCCUAGGAGGCUAGGAUUUACCCCGCCAGCAACUUAUAUGGGGUUAACUCAGAAGUGCUGCUAUUUUAUUCUGUAUAUAAUUUUAGCUGUAGCUGACCUGCCCUUUUCGGAGAGCAACAGAUUGUAACAUGCAUUUGUAUGCUAUAAUCCUCGUCUGCUUUUUUUA